AUGAAACCCAAGUCCUGGAUACAACAAGGGUCGGGUCAAAAUUGGAAUUGCUAUAUGGUUCGUAGAGGGUUGACUCCAAACAUUUUGACAUAUAAUACUCUUAUAUCCAGUUGCUACAAGGAGGGAAUGAUGCAAGAAUCUAGGUUGCUGUUGCCUGAUAUGGUCAAGAAUGGGAUUUUCCACGAUAAUUUUACUUGUUGGAUUCCUGUGCAAGGAUAUGUGAAACAAGGUAGGUUGCUUUCAACUCUGAAUAUGGUUGUGGAGCUUCAGAUAUUUGGAGUUUCAGUCUGUCGAUAUAUUUAUGAUUAUCUAAUCCUCGUUUUGUGUCAGGAGAAUUGGCCAUAUGUAGCAAAGAAUCUCUUGAAAAGAAUGUCUCAAGUUGGUCAUGAGCCUAAAGAGGAAAUUUUCAAUGAGUUAAUCUAUUCUCUAUCCAAGAGUGAUUUUGUGGAGGAGGCAUUAUUGUUGAAAGCUGAGAUGGUUUCUAAUGAUAUGAAACCCAAUUUAGUUACCUAUAAAGCUCUUAUAGGCUACCUGUGUAGAUUAAGUAGAAGUGUGGAAGGCUUGAUAAAUGGAUUAUGCAAGGAAAGGAAUCUUGAUAAAGCAAAAUCUCUACUUGGUUCAAUUGUUGAGGAAUUUCAAAUUUAUGACAUAGAAUGUUGUAAUGCACUCCUUAAGAUUUAUUAUGAGGCAGGUGAUGUUGCCAAGUUGAUGGAGCUUCAGGAUAGGUUGCUGAAAGUAGGCUUUGCACCAAAUAGCCUGACAUUCAAUGAUCAUAGAGUUCCAGAAGUCAUUGAGAAGCCUGCAACCUAUGGGCUCUUGAAGUCGUGCACGGGGUGGUGGCAUGUGCCAUGGAGUUUGGACAACCUACAACAACUAAGAUCACGUAACACUGGUAUGUGUCUCUGA